GUUUCAGUGGUGGAGCAUGAGAACGGAAGCCCACAAGAAGGGUGCUUUCCUAGAGUCGGGAAGUUUAUGAGUAAAACUGGUAUGGCAGCAUGGAGAACAACGUUGUGGUGUGUUGCGCUGUGGUGUUGUGCACUGUUCCUGGCGUGCGCUCCUCUACAGGCGGCACCAAUAGAAUCUGUGGUGGAGGAUGUGAACAGUUCGUUAGAUCCGGUACAGUGGAAGGAAGCCAUCGGUGAGGAUGUGUACCGGACCAAGCGCAAGUACCGGCCGGAGGAGUGGGCCGCAGCUAACGCCAUUUUGGAUUUGUUGGAGCAGCUAAAGAAUAUUCGGAAUCCAUCGGUGCGUCGGAUCACACCACCUGCUUCAACAACAACGACGACAACCACCACCACAGCAACCCCACCAACUACCACAAGCCGUUUGCCACCGAUCAAACCACGUGCUGACAGAAGUUCGACGCGUCGUGAGGAUGAUGAGAUACCGCAGUUCAACCCAGACGGUACGAUCAUGCUUCAGCUGCCGGGGAAGCUGUUCGGUAAUGCGACCAACUUUGUACUGGCGGCGGCAAAGCUGUUCGGUGACUUCAUUACGAACACGGCAAUACGCACGGCCCGGUUUAUGCAACUAUUCCAACCGAUUGCGGGUCGCCAUUUGUUCAUUCAAAUACCGACACCGAGUCCGUCGGGAGUAGACUGACAGACGACGAAUGUUUUUGGUUUUCGGGUCGGAACCCCUAAGAUGCCGCUCGCCCCGUAUCGGAUCGCCCUUACCGGAUGAAGCUC